AUGGGUACAGGAAAUGGAGAGCGAGCGCGGCAUCUCCAGCAACUUGCUGGCAGCAAGUCCCGCGACUCCAGCGGCAGACUCGUGCACCCGUUUCUCCAGCCUGCGCUCAAGUAUCCUCGAUACAGAAUCGACGACCCACGGACGUCUUCCGUGACCACAUUCUCUGAUAGUUGCAUGCCUGAAGGGCACGUAUUUUACGGUGCAGAUCACGACGCUGACGGCAAGACUCGCGGUGAGGUAAACGGCACGCUAGUGUUGGACAUUGGCGACUGGGACACGCAUUGGCUUGCAUCGCUGGUGCUUGCGAUUCUCGCGGAGGAAGUGAACGGCUAUAAGGUAUCGAUCAGUGUGGGCGGUGAAAGCAGCGACGGUCUUCAGCGAAGACAGUUGGUGGAGUCAGGUACUACGGGAUUCAAUGACCACGGACGGCUGGAUGCUUCGCCGCCUGCUCGAGAACAAGAAGCCAACUACAACUUCUAA